AAGCCGAACCCCUGUGGGUCACCCAGUCAGCCCCAACUAUAAGAUUUGUCAAAAAGGAACGUUUUAAGCCUGGUCUUAAAAAUAGAGAGGGUAUCUGCCUCCCGAACCCAAACUGGGAGCAGGUUCCACAAGAGAGGCGCCUGAUAACUGAAGGCUCUGCCUCCCAUUCUACUUUUAGAAAUUCUAGGAACAACAAGUAAGCCUGCAGUUUGAGAGCAAAGAGUUCUACUAGGAUAAUAUGGUACUAUCAAAUCUUUAAGAUAUGAUGGAGAUUGGCUAUUAAGAGCUUUAUAUGUCAGGAGAAGGAUUUUAAAUUCUAUUCUGGAUUUAAGAGGAAGCCAGUGAAGAGAAGCAAGUAUAGGGGAAAUAUGAUCUCUUUUGCUAACUCUUGUCAGUACUCUCGCAGCAGCAUUUUGGAUCAACUGUAGAUGUUUAAGAGAGCUAUUUGGACAACCCGACAAUAAGGAAUUGCAAUAGUCAAGCCUGGAAGUAACAAAAGCAUGAACUAAUUUUUCUGCAUCACUCUGAGACAGGAUGUUCCUGAUUUUUACAAUAUUUCGCAGGUGAAAAAAGGAAGUCCUACAGACUUGCUUUAUGUGUGAGUUAAAGGUCAAAAAUAACUCCAAGAUUCCUCACAGUAGUACUGGAGACCAACGUGAUGCCAUCCAGAGUAACUAUUUGCUUUGAAAGCGAGUUUCUAAGAUGUUUGGGGCCAAAUACAAUUACUUCAGUUUUGUCUGAAUUUAGCAGUAGGAAGUUAAAAGACAUCCAGGUUUUAAUGUCCUUAAGACAAUCUUGCAGUCUAGCUAGCUGAUCAGUUUCAUCUGGCUUCAUAGAUAAAUACAAUUGUGUGUCAUCUGCAUAACAAUGGAAGUUAAUACCGUGCUUCCUAAUAAUAUUGCCUAAAGCAGGCAUGUCCAAAGUCCGGCCCGGGGGCCAAUCACGGCCCGCGGUAGGAUUUCAUACAGCCCGCAACUUCAGUCUUAUAAUGUAUUAUUUAUGGCCCGCUAGCACUGUCUAACAGAAUAAAUAAAUCACAAAACUUCAAAAUGUUAUUCCUCCUUUCACCACAUGGUGGCAGCACCACUUUAAUGCUAUCUGGCUCGGCAUCCUUGGUGAACCCCUCUGCUCAUUGCUGCAAUGGUGACUGGAAAGAAAAGGAGGAAAGUUAGUGAGGGCCGCCGCUUUCAGGAAAGAUGGGAAUUACAGUACUUCUUCACUGAACAUUGAGGCAAUUCCGUUUGUCUUAUUUGUCAAGAGACUGUUGCCUUGUUUAAAGACUUUAACAUAAAGAGGCACUACCAAACUAAACAUGCUAACACAUACGACAAGAUAACAGGGAGUGACUGCGCUGAAAAAGUAAAGCAACUCCAAGCUGCUCUGGCAUCACAACAGCGAUUCUGCAUGCGGGCCUGUGAGUCAAAGGAAAGUAUCACCAAAGCAAGCUACGAAGAGGCCAUGUUAAUAGCUAAACAUGGCAAACCUUUUACUGAAGGUGCAUUUAUCAAAGACUGUGUCAUGAAAAUGGUGGAGAACGUUUGCCCCGAGAAGAAGCAAGAAUUUAUGAACGUUGGUCUGGCACGUAACACUGUGGCACGGAGAGUCGAGGACAUAUCAUCAGAUAUUCAGAGACAAUUGGGGGAAAGAGGAUUGGCUUUUGAUUAUUUCUCAUUAGCCUGCGAUGAAAGCACCGAUGCAUCUGACACUGCACAGCUCUUGAUUUUUUUUAAGAGCAGUCGAUGACAACAUGAACGUAACAGAGGAGCUGCUUGACCUCCAAAGCCUUAAAGGCCAAACCAGAGGAACGGAUUUUUUAGUUUCUGUUUGUGAAGCUGUUGAUGAUCUGAAACUGCCAUGGAGUAAAGUUUCUGGGAUCAUUACCGAUGGUGUGCCUGCCAUGGCUGGUGAGCGAAGUGGAUUGUCCACACUGAUCUGCAAUAAAGUCAGCGAAGAAGGAGGUAACGCUAUUAAACUUCACUGUAUAAUUCACCAGCAGGCUCUCUGCGCCAAACAUCUCAAAUUUGAUCAUGUUAUGAAACCAGUGGUAAAGGCAAUCAAUUCUAUUCGCUCUAAAGCUCUACACCACCGACAGUUUCAGCAGUUCUUUCUUGACAUUCAGGCUGAAUACGGAGAUGUAAUAUAUCAUAACGAUGUGAGGUUGCUCAGUCGGGGGUCCGCAAUGCAGCGAUUUUUCUCUCUCAGGGAGGAAAUUGGACAUUUUUUGGGUGAAAAGAGGCAACCGAUGGAAGAACUGUCCGAUCCUGUAUGGCUGGCAGAUUUGGCUUUUUUGGUUGACAUGACGAAGCAUCUGAAUGCGCUGAAUGUUAAUCUGCAAGGACAAAAUGCAGUGGUGAGCCAGCUGUACACUCACAUCAUGGCCUUUGGAACCAAGCUGCCACUUUUCCAGAGACACUUGUCCCAAACGGAGCCCUGCACCGCGCAGUUCCCAGCUUUGAAAGAGGUCAUCGACAGUUUCCCACAGGACAACAUCGGUGCGCAAAUGAUGAGUUAUGCAACAGCUAUCGCAUCUCUUUCUAUGGAAUUUAGCAAACGCUUUCGGGAUUUUGCAGUUAUUGAAAAGGACAUGUUGCUUUUCUCUUCUCCCUUCUCCGUGGACCCUGAUGAUGCUCCUCCACAGCUGCAGGUGGAGCUCAUUGAGCUGCAGUGUGACGAUGAGCGGCGCAGUAAACACCAGCAGCUUUCUCUUGUUGACUUUUAUGGGCAGCUGGAUAAAGGCAGGUUUCCAGAAAUGCAAACAUUUGCCAAGAAAAUGCUGAGCUUAUUCGGCUCCACAUAUUUGUGUGAGCAGACAUUCUCUGUCAUGAACUUAAACAAGAACAGACUGAGGUCAAGACUAAGUGACUCCCACUUAUGUGACAUUUUACGCAUCUCAACCACUUCCCUCAAACCAGACCUGGCCUCUUUACUGAAAUCCAAAUCUCAGUACCACCCUUCUCAUUAGUGUCAGCAAGUUAUUGGUCUGAAAUAAUAUCUGAAAUUGAAUGUUUUGUACAGUAACAUCUGUCACUAUUAACAGUGAAAAGCCAAAAGCAUACUUAUGCACUUGGACUAAUGGCACUUUUUAAAAAAAAAUUAU